AUCAGAUGCAUAGCUGUCUUCUUGUUCAAUUGAUUCCCUUGAUUCUUGACCGAGUCCGUUCAUCUUAAUCACCCAUUAAUUGUCUGUCCAAGAAACAGAUAAAAGGCAGUUGAAUUGAUGAUGAUGGAUUUUGAUUAUCAGGCUUCAACUUAGACUACUGCAGCAGCAGAUAGCUAGCUAGCUGUAAACAUGCCGUUGCCAGCUUUGGAUUCAACAGAUAGCGAAGCGCUUCUGGAGCUUUUGGAGAAGGUGACUGCUGAUGCUAGUCAAAUACAGGAUGAAUUGCUGCAGGAGAUUUUAACAACAAAUGCAAACACCCAGUAUCUGAAAGGUUUCUUAAAUGGCUACUCUGAUAAGCAACUUUUCAAGAAGGCGGUGCCGGUCGUAGAAUACCAAGAUAUCGAGCCUUUCGUUGAUCGGAUAGCCAACGGAGAGUCAUCCCACCUAAUAUCUGCACACCCCAUUACUGAGCUACUCUUGAGCUCAGGAACUUCCGGUGGAAAGCGGAAAGCGAUUCCGACAACAGCUGAAGAGCCAAGGCGCAGGGCAUUCUAUGCCAGUCUCACUGCUACUAUACUAAACAAGCACAUUGAAUUCUGGAAUCAAGGUAAACAGAUGAACUUUCGAUUCAUCAUGCCAGAAAUGACUACCUUGGGUGGAUUGGCGGUAACUAAUGCUGUAUCAAGCAACUUCAGGAGGAGCAGAAUGCAAAACCGUUCUAAUUGCUGGAAUAAUGACACUAGCCCAGAUGAGGUGAUAUUAUGUCAAGAUAUCAAACAGAGCAUGUACUGCCAAUUAGUUUGUGGUCUUGUGCAGCGUGACGCCGUAGUGAGAAUCGGAACAACUUAUGCAUCCGGAUUUCUUCGCGUCAUCAAAUUCUUGGAGGAGCAUUGGCAAGAACUCUGUUCCAACAUAAAAACAGGACAUAUCAGUGAUUGGAUCAUUGAUCCUGGAUGCCAGAAGGCUGUAUCUUCGAUUUUGAGCCAACAGAUGCCCUGCUUAGCUGAUUCAAUUGAAAUUGAAUGUAGAUCAGGAUCAUGGGGAGGAAUAGUCAAGAGGCUUUGGCCUCGAACCAAGUGCAUUGAGGUCGUCAGUACAGGGACUAUGACCCAAUAUAUCCCAAACCUUGAGUUCUACUGUGGUGGGGUGCCUUUAGUUUCAAUGUACUAUGCGGCUUCCGAGGGAUUUUUUGGUCUCAACUUGAAGCCAUUGAGCGACCCUUACAAUGUGUCUUACACUCUUGUACCAUGGAUGGCCUACUACGAGUUUUUGCCACUAGGUCAUAAGCAGAGUACUACACAAGAGCAUAGCCAAGAUAAUGAUACUAAUUGCAUGAGUACGCUGGGUGAACUCGUCGAUCUUGUCAAUGUGCAAAUUGGUCAGCAGUAUGAACUAGUAGUAACUACCUUUACAGGGCUUUACAGAUAUAGAGUUGGAGAUGUUCUCAUGGUAACUGAUUUCCAUAACAACACCCCUCAAUUCAAAGUUGUGCAACGGCGUAAUGUGGUUUUGAGCAUAGACUUGGAUAAAACAACUGAAGAAGGCCUCUUGAAAGCAGUUUCAAAAGCCAUGCAAAUCCUUGAACCACUUGGCUACCUUCUCACAGACUACAGCAGCUAUGCAGACAUGUCCAGUUUUCCAGGGCACUACGUUUCAUCUAUCACUGGGAUUCGCAGGUUCCAAUGUAGAGAAAUAUCGCGGGGAAUAGCUGCCAAGUGUUGA